AUGAGCAACAAUUCUGGAGUUUUGGCUAGUGCUGGUGAGAAAGCCCAGGAAUUAACUAACAAAACCACCGAUAUGGUAUACGGUGCCGGCGCUGCAGUAAAGGAUACCCUGGCGUCUGGAUACGAGAAGGUCGCAGAUACCGUGGCAGCCGGCUAUGAAAAGGUUGCCGGUGCCUCACAGGAAGCCGCUGAUAACGCUGAAGAGAAAGUCGACGAGGGCAAACGGGCUGCGAAAAACAAUUACGAGUCUGCAAAGGAUAAGGCCUGCGAGGGUAAAGAGUCCGCAAAAGAUAAGCUCCACGAGGGCAAAGAGGCGGCAAAGGAUAAGGCUGAGGCUGCAAAGGAUAAGCUCCACGAGGGCAAGGAAGCGGCAAAAGAUAAGGCUAACGACGCCCGAGACUAUAUCGGGCAAGAAGAUGCACGAGGGCGCCAAUGCCAUGCAGUCCUAAGCAGAUUUAACUGCCAUGUACACUUUUGUAAUUAA